CCUCGUUCGCAAUGGAAAGAGGAACGAGAUAAGGGGGAAUGGCACACGUAGGUGAAGCUUUGGCUCAAGAACGACGAGAAAGUUGCUGAGCUCUCAUUGCGACUUGUAAUGUCAAGUACUCCUGGGCAGCCUUUCGUCCUGGAGUUCGGAGUACUUCUGUUCCUAUAUUGCAGCAUUAUUGAUGCGUAUUGAACAGAUUUUUCCCCCUAGGAAUAUCAAAAUACGUGUCCUGAUACCAUAUCAUAGCAAGCUCGAAUUCGAAUUGGCUAUAACCCCCCAUAUCUUCCACGAUAUUCACUGGCAGGAGAUCUUGUUGCGACGUCGAAGUCUCAGAUUUUCUCAGGCCAAGCCAAGUAUUUCAACGCAAGACAGGCAAGGGAAGAAAUUGGAUCUCUUCAGAUCACGGUGGCCUUCUCGGUCUAACUCUGAUGCGGGCUUUGACCGCGGAGGAUUCCGUUUUCGUUCUAGCGUUGGUGCCUUGAUGCUGUACUGAGAUGUGUGAUAACUGUUCGAUCCUGCUUCUUACACCCACCGCAAUGCCCAUAAAUUCUGACACCCUUGCUAGCGACGUCGUACCCGCAGCCACCGAAGCAAAAACGGAGAAGGGCACAAAACUCGAAGCAUCGCUGGGCGGCGCUGUCGAGGAAGAGGAGAACGACACUACACCUCAACCGUAUCCUGAAUAUGUCGAUCCUGCAAAGUCGAGCAAGAGGUUUGGAUUACGAGGAUCUGCUCCUUACGGACCUUACCGGCUUCCAAAAGGCAACGAUCCCUUCAACUACGAGGAAAAGUAUCCCGAAGAUGCGUAUUGUGAAGAGAUGGGACCCAACGCUAGGGUAUUUCGAACGUACCUCGAUGAGCGCGCGAUCUAUGACGCGAAUAUGAUCGAAGAAUCGAGAGACGGUGUCGAUGUCCUUCUCGUUUUCGCGGGUCUGUUCUCGGCGGUGGUUACAACAUUCGUAGCCCAAACUUCGCAAAGUCUACAAGCGGACUAUGCAGAGAUGUCUGCUAAUCUACUCUUUGAGAUGGUCAAUAUUCAGCGUGCUAUUGCCAGCGGCGCUUCCGUGGACAACGUCGCUGCUUCCCCUCUGAACCCCAACAUCACUUUCAUUGCUUCAACCACGAGCGUCUGGGUGAACGGCCUGUGGUUCACCAGUCUUGCGCUCAGCCUCACGACAGCGCUCGUCUCGGUGCUGGUCAAGCAAUGGCUCCAUCAUUACAUGGCUUUACCCUCGGGAACACCCCGCGAGCGUAGCCUUCUGCGGCAGUUCCGAUUUGCGGGGCUACAGAAAUGGCGCGUUCUCGUUAUAAUCGGGCUACUCCCCGUUCUGAUGCACACCGCCCUUGCCAUUUUCUUUGUUGGACUCGUGAUCUUCCUUGGCCCAUUGCGAGAUUCCCUUGCAUGGGUUGUUGGUACGAUCACGACUAUCGCGUAUACAGCCUACUUGAUGGCACAUAUCCUCCCCCUCAUUUUCCCACAAUGCCCCUACCGUACCUCACUAUGCGACCUACUUCAUGUCCUGUACAGUUAUGUGGUGCAGUACACCAUGCUUACUUUCCGGCGCGGUCUCCGUCGAACCGAGGUGGACACGCCUGACACAGUGGCUAUCCAGUCUGCCCCCAACGUUGCAAAAUGGAAGGACCUGAAAGAAUUGGAGUCGGAUGCGGUACAGUCAGUAUGGGGUGAAUUAUCGGUUGAGGCCCUGCAUUGGCUUUUUUCCAUGUCAUCGAACCCCACUGUGCAGAGUAUCAUCUUUCAAGCUAUUGGCAGUUUGCAUCCAGCAUUUCAGUCGAAAGCUCAAGGGCUCUUUGAUGUUGAUGAUAUUUGCUUGAGGAUACGGCAAUUGUCUGUAGAGUGUCUUUCAACUACUUGGACACCACUGCCUGGACUAGAGACCAAGCUUGAGCGAUUACUACGCUGCAGGCUAGUUCUCUCUGACGAAUGCCAUAUUCUCAUCAACCUUCCGCAGACACCAGGUGUUGAGCUUCCACCUACUGUCACAGCCUUGAGAGCAAUAUAUAGAGAUUAUCGUGGUGUAAACCUGCUUAUGGAAGACAUUGCCCUCAAUGGGGCUCUGGCAUUCCAUCGUUCGUCCGGGACAGAAUAUUUGCGUUUCCAUCCUUUAGUCUGGAUUGGUCUCAUCAGGACUGCCGCUUCAAACGAUGUCUUCUCUCCCAUUGAUAUCGGCACCGAAAAUCCGUUUGCUAUGAACAUAUGCUGCACGGUUCUACCCGCAUUUUUGUUUCCUUCCUUAAAGAACAACUCUGACUCCGAAAGGGACAAAGCCCAGUCAACAGCUAUAGCACUUC